UCCUCGGAUGCAGCUCAAGUUUUAGGAAUGUUUCUGAGAGUUCGGAAGAAUAACUCGCCUUUCUGUUGCUGACCUGUUCUCAGAUAGACCGCUGUGUGUGGGACCAGGGGCUCGGUUAGCACCGUCGUCAGAACCUGAAGGAACACACUGGCUCCGGUUCCGUUCUUUAUUUAGCGCGGUUUAGAACUUACAGGGGCUGUUUGGGGUUCGUUUCUGCUGCUUCUGUUUCCGAGUGGUGUAAAACAGAAGUACCUUAUGAAGGUUUUAUAAAGAAACGAUAUGAGGAAAAAGUGGGAGAUAUCUUUAAAGAGAGACAGAUUCACUGCAGCACGGAUGAAUCUCGGAUCGGAUUUUGGACUCAAUCUCAGGUUUCCAUGUGAUGGAAUGAUGCCAGCCCAGGACGGUGUUGGGAGCGACUGCAGCCCUGGAGGCUGAUGACCCCGCCCCAUUGGCCAGCCAGGAUGCACAUAGCCUCGGUGGGCGUCAGUAAGUCCUGCUUCCUGUUCUCUCUUGCUCUCUGCUUCCUCCUGCUGCUGCUCAUCCCGGCCCUCCAGUCGCCCCCCCGCCAGCUGGAGCCGCCUCAGCCCCGACCCCACGCUAAGUCUACCUCAUCAGAGCAGCAUGCCGGCCUACCAACAGGUACCGCCAGCGCUGGCGGCACCAACACAGCCACAGGGCUCAGUAGGAGUUCAGAGGUUGUAGCAGCAUCUGCUAGAACUGACGUUCCCUCUCCCAAGAGAAAUGUGGAACCAGGACCUAGGAAUACUGACCAGCUGGAGCUGAAGGACAUUUUCAUCGCAGUGAAGACCACCAGGAAGUACCACAGGUCCAGACUGGAGCUGCUGUUCCAGACCUGGGUGUCCCAAGCCAAGGAACAGACCUUCAUAUUCACUGAUGGUGAUGACAGGGAGCUGCAGCUGAAGACAGGAACUAACAUCAUCAACACCAACUGCUCAGCUGCUCACAACCGACAGGCUCUGUGCUGCAAGAUGUCUGUGGAGUACGAUAAAUUCAUCGAGUCCCAGAAGAAGUGGUUCUGCCAUGUGGAUGAUGAUAACUAUGUGAUCCUGCCCAGUCUGCUGCGACUGCUGUCCUCAUACCACCACAGCCAGGACAUCUACCUGGGCCGGCCCAGUCUGGACCACCCCAUAGAGGCUGCAGAGAGGGUGAAGAGCGAUGGAACGAUGUCUGUGAAGUUCUGGUUCGCCACAGGGGGAGCGGGGUUCUGCAUCAGUCGAGGUCUGGCUCUGAAAAUGAGCCCCUGGGCCAGUUUGGGAAACUUCAUCACCACGGCAGAAAAGAUCCGCCUCCCAGAUGACUGCACCAUCGGCUACAUCAUCGAGGCGCUGCUGGAGGUCACACUCACUCACACACACCUGUUCCACUCUCACCUGGAGAACCUGCAGAAGCUGCCCGUUCCCACCGUGCUCCAACAGGUCACUCUGAGUUAUGGAGGCUUUGAGAACAGAAGAAACGUGGUCAGCAUCGUUGGGGGCUUUUCUCUGACUGAAGACCCCACCAGAUUUAAGACGGUCCACUGCCUUCUGUACCCAGACACUGAGUGGUGUCCAAAGUUUAAACCUGGACACACAAACUGAACAUCCUGGAAACAACUCAGCCCAAGUGUCUCGGCAAUAAUUCAAUAUGUAAAAAAUAAUGAUGUCAUGUCAGUGAGGAGAUGGUCCAUCCGCUGUACUCCUCCUGAUCCGGGAAGGGCUGGGGACAGCAGCCUCAGUAGCCUUCCUGCUCUGCAGCCCCCUGGUCCAGCUCUGCCUAAGGAAUCCCACAGCGUUCCCAGGCCAGCAAAGAAAUGUAUUCCCAUACCCUUUCCGGAGGAAUCUGAACACCUCCAGGAAGAAUCCUGACCAGCCAGCUCACCUGGCUCCUCUCUUCUGCUUAUGGACGGUUAGUUAUCUGCUGUUCUUUUGGUUCCACCCUGGUACUAUGGUAGGUACAUAUUUUUAUGCCAUUUUUUUCCAUAAUUAAGUCAAAAUUUCUGACUAAAUGUUAUAAUCACCUGAUGUCUGUUGCCAAGGCAACCCUUCAACCAGCAGCAGUGUUAACUCGGGGAACCUAAACACCCAAAGAUCUGGGGAUACUUGUUGAUGAUCCACAGACUGGUUCAGUUUUUACUUUGCUCACAGACGUUUUGAAAAAAUUCAGGUUAUGGAAAAUGUGCAAAUUGUGAGUCAUUAGGCACACCUGGAAAAUAACAACAAACAAUCACCCAUCAAUUUUCUAUCUUCUGGUUUACUGACCCAAACUAUCAUUUCCACUCUGAGAACCGGACCUGCAUUCUCUCCAUCAAGCCCCGCCCCUGCCUGCACCAGCCAGAGGUGGCACAUGCAUAAAAGCAGUAAAGAAAACUAUUCAGGGUGUAACUAACAGAGGAGUUUAGUUUUUUAUUCGUAUGCACAUGGCAGAAAGAGAUGAAAGCCUCACAUGUCACGAGAUCACAUUUGGAUUAAUUACACAUCCAGCUGUCACAGCAGCCUGCUGGUUAUGCCUGGAAAACCUGCAGGAUAUGAAGGAACUCUGGCCAAACGCAUCAGGAGAAUGAGAAGCAACAUGGCAACAUGGCACCAAGCAAAACAGACGCAGAAGAAGUUCAGCAAGGCGACACACAUAGAUGAGGGUGAUAUAAGAUGAGAAGUUCACCUUCCUGUUGCAUCUUUUUUUCUUUUUUUUUUACACAAAUUACAUCAAAAUGAGUUAAACUCAGUUAACCUGGAACCUGUUUAAAAGGCCAUCCUGCAGUUUUUUUGGCCAUAUUUUUAUUAUUAUUGUAAUAAUAAAAAUUAUUAUUAUUAUUAUUAUUAUUAUUAUUAUU